CCCUCAUGCCACUUGUGCCGGUGGGGACAGUCAGUAAGGAGCUGUUGGUGUCCUCUUGCAUCUCCCCUGGCCUGAUGACAACCUUUGGCAGUUAGCCAGGACUUUGCACAGAGGACACACGGAGUGUACUACAGGAGUUGGCGAAGGUUCUUUUCAUGUCUGCUUUGGAAACUGUCAAGCAAUCGUGGAGCUGGCUUUAAGGCGGAAUAAGGACUCUUUCACUCCUCCUAUUCUCUCUCUCCCUCUCCCUCUCCCUCCCCCUUCUCCUCUUUUCUUUCUUUCCCUCUUGAUGAUCCCUCCCUUUCUCACUGGUGCAAAGGAUUUUUUUUUUUCCUCCAGAAAGCACAGUGUCUCUGAGGAAGAGGGAGAGCAAGAGACAGAAAGAGACUGCCUGCCUCUCCAGGAUUCUUCUCAAACCAAGAUCGGAAUGUAGUCCAGAUUAUUUUCAGGGCAGCUUUUCAAAUGAAACUAGAAAGGGAGAAUAUUUGUUACUAAAAGACAAGGAAGAGAAGGAGGAUUUUACAUCUUCCACCUCCUGGAAUCGCACAAGAAAUUCUGAGAUGGUCUUUUCAUUUAGACGGUGCUACACAUUAUUUUGAUUUUUUUUUCCCCUUACCCUUUAUUUAUUUGCUUCCAGCUCCCACGUCCACCCCUACCCAUCCCACACCUUUUCCUUGGAUAGAGGGCGUGCUUUAAUUGUGAGGUUUUAUCUGUUUCGUGAGGAGAGGCUGAACUCUCUCUUAUCCACUCCAACUGGCAAUUGAUGAGAAGUGUGGUGUAUUCCUGCUUUUAAAUUGGGAGUUUCUGAAUUCCCUCUUUGUUGCAUUCCUGGACAAAACAAGAUUUUUCUCCUUUGUGGAGGUUGGUCUCUGAGAGAGAAGGCAGUUUGAAUGGUGAGCUGGGGUGGCAUACGGAUGGAUCGGGGUUGUAUUUUUGGAUUCUGUUGCCUGGUACUGUUGGAUCCAGGACAGGUUUGGACUGGAGCUCCCACUACCCAGACACCUGAGUUGGAAGUACAGAUGGAGAUCUAUGGCAACACCAGCUUGAGUCCUACCAUGGAGGAUGCUGCUGUGACCCCCACUGAGGCCAUACUUGGAGGCGACCAAUGUCUUGGUUAUUUUGAUGUUAUGGGUCAAUGGGAUCCUCCGUUUAACUGCAAUUUAGGGACCUACAAGUUCUGUUGUGGGACCUGUGGCUACCGCUUCUGCUGCCAGUUCACGGGUAAGCGACUGGACCAAAGUGGCUGUUCCAAUUAUGACACACCAGGAUGGGUCAACACGGGCCAACCACCACCACCAGUGGAAGUCCCCCCUGAAAAUCCCACCAGGGACAAGACCAACAUGAUUGUAUACAUUAUCUGUGGUGUGGUGGCCAUCAUGGUGCUGGUGGGCAUCUUCACCAAGUUGGGACUGGAGAAGUCACAGAGCCCCCAGGCAGAGAUGACCAUGUCCAGAACACUCACAGAUCUGCUGAAGCAGCCAGGACAUGGCCCAUCCGAACUUUUGCCCGAUGGCCACAUCGGCAGUGUGCAGGUCCAGAUUGGUGACGGGCUUUCUUGGGGAUCUCCCAGGAACAGCACAGAUAAAAACCAUUUGAACAAUGCUGUGGUCAACCCUCCCACCGCGUCACAGAUCGGACUGCCACAUUCCCACAACAACCGGCUGCAAAUGGCAAGCACUCUGCCACAUCAGGCACCAGACUAUGCCAAGUAUGCAACUCUCAAGGCUGUAGAAAGUGCUCCUGAGGAAUUUUACAAGCGCUUUCCCAUGGUGGACAUCCCCCCAUCAGGCACCCUGUCCUUCCCUCCCUUGACGCUGCAUCAAAAAGACUUUGCCCCUUUUCCAGAUGGCUGCGCCCUGAUUGGCUUGGCGACACCAGGGCAGAAGACUAAAGUGAUGAAAACCAGUGCCCACACACUGGCAGGCAGCCCUGCUUUCAAAGGGAGCUGGGAUCACAGCCAUCCUGACCUUCGGCGACAAGCCUAUACCACCAAGCGUCAGUUCAGUAUUGAGAAGCUGCCUGAGGCCUUUAGCCAGACGCCCACCCAUUAUGCCCAGCCACAACGACCCUUCUCCACCAACAGCAAGACAGAGGUCACUGUCUAGAAUGGACCUUCCUCUUAUUCUUGUAUACUUCCCUUACUUUCACAUUAUUCAGCAGCCUGUGAGGUGGGGAGAACCUUGCCAAACAAGACAUAUGAUGUGUUGAUAUAUCAGAAUUACUCCCCGCCGGCAGCUGGUACUGCUAGGCUCUGUGAAGGAGCAGGGAACAUAUAAGGAAGAAAAAGUGGCCACUCGUACUGAUGGACCAUCCACAGCUCCUGACAGAACAUGCUCACUCACUCAGACUGGGUGCAGCCCGAAUGUUUCCUGACAAAACUUGGCUAGCAAGCAUGGUGAAACUGGCAUGCAUGUUGCCCUGUGAUUUGAUGCACGACUGUUGUUUCUAGUUCACUUCUUCAUCACAUCAUAUUUCCCCCAGACUGGCUAACAUCAGCAAGAAUCCAGGUGGUGGGUGUGCUGGGGAUUGUUCUGCAUGGAGUGGCAUCAAAGGGGGUAAUAAUAUAUAUCUUCCCAUCCUCAACAAGGAAGCUCAUCAGUGGUAAGGCAAGGGACAAGACAAACUGUUGCAAUAAUUAAUCAGUUCGUCGUGUUUGAACAUUUGUCCUGUACUGCAUUCCUUCUCUGCCUUUCUCUGUGGUUAAACAAACGUGGCUCUUUUUCUUUUUCUUUUUUAAGGAACGCAACAAUGAAGUAGAAGCAAACUGUGCAAAAGGGAACUGUCAAGGGCUAGAAGAAAACUUCAUACAGUUCCCUUCAUUCUGGCUUGCUCCUUGUCCUGCUCCUGGUUUAAGGCCAUUUGGUUAAUCUCUCUUGUUGCAUAUAAAUCCUCUGUGCCACUGAUAUGUUUUGCCUUCCACUAGGCAGAAAGCCACUGUUGUGGAUCCUACCUAAAGGCAGGUUUCAAAAAGCAGGGGCAUCGGUCCACAGGGAUGUCUCCUACUCAGUUGUGAGUGAGACUAAAUGCCAAGCACAAAGGCACUGAAACACAGCCUUUAAUGGUGUGAGCAUGUGUGUGUGUGUGCACGCGUGAGGGAGAGAUAGAGAGAGAAAGUAAAUGCAUAUGUGUAAUCUGUGUACCUCAUCUGCUACAUUCUCCAUGGAGGCUUCUUGUUUUAAAAACUUCAGUCACAAAUCAGAAAGUCAACUUCCUCAUUAAGGGCUUGGUUUAACAUCAAAGUGAGAGAGGUUGGUGUUUGACCACUACAGAAAAAUAUCACUUUCCUGUCAAAAUACUUAGCAGGCAAUAUGCACACAGACUCCCUAAGGGUUUCAUUGUAGAUCUGUCACAGAGACUACUUUGCGACACUUUAUGGAUGAAAUACAACAUCCUCCAUCACUUGGCAGGUGAAUGGGACUGUAGUCUUGCUCAGAUUCAUCUUUACCUCCCUAUGGGAAGAAAUCACCUCUGCACAGGAACAUAGGAAGCUGCCUAAUACUGAGUCAGACCCUUGGUCCAUCUAACUCAGUAUUGUCUACACUGACUGGCAGCAGCUCUCCAAGUUCCAGGCAGGAGUCUUUUCCAACCCUACAUGGAGAUGCUGACAGGGAUUGAACUUGGGACCUUCUGCAUGCAAAGCAGAUGCUCUGCCACAGACCUACAGCCCCACCUCCCUUUCUCUAGCUGUAGUUUUUCACAUAUACAAAUAUUGAUUUUACAUACAAUAUAACAGAGAACAGUGGAACUUCCAGCUAAAGUGAGUUUAUUUCAUAUCCCAACUGGCUGAAGCACCAUCACUGGCAGUGGAGCUGGGCCACUCUUUGGUCUCUGUCCUGAAUACCCUCAUGUGUAGGAUACCCUCACAGCAAACAAGCUCUGUGUUGCUCAGAUUCUUAGUUCAUCCCUCACCCUAGGAGGCAAACACAGAAAUGCACCACUGUGAUGGAUCCCCAUUCUGUUUGCAAACAAAACAUUACCUUGCAGUUACAUAGAUGAUGGCACAAGAAUUAAGCAAAGCCUGGUUUCACAGACAACAGCAUGUGGGUUUUGCUGGUGAAUCAAUGCAUCACGAGCAAAUGAGCUGUUUUGAUUACUUGAGUCUAUGGCAACAGAUCACCAGGGAUCCUUGUGCCAAAUGAUCUAACCUGUAGCAGUGGUGUUGAUCCAUGAGAUUCAGAACAGGAGCUCUACCUAAUGUGUUAUCUCUGGGGCAAGGAAAUAUCUAUCAAUGGGCAAGAGAGGUGGGACUGGCAGCUUAGAGCAGGAUCAAACUAUUUUCCUUUUUUAAGAAGGAGAUGUGUGAUAGUGCCAUAUGGAAGGUAAUUACUAUAACAAUGGCUCUUAUCAAUUUGCUAGGCUUUUCUACUGCAGUUUGGAGGCAUUCUAUAAACCUGUUCAGAUAUUAUAUUGUACUGGUGUUCAGAAGCAUUUCCAUACAGCAGGCUUUACCGCGGGUUUAUUGCGAGACUUUACUGCGAGUUCAAAUUUGCCCCCAAAACCCAAUGCAAAAAGUGGGCUUGUUUAUCCCAGACAUAAAUCGGGCUACGUUCAAAUGCAUAAUGAAAAACCCAGAUCAUGUGUGGAGUGCUGCUCCCCAAUAGCUCACAAUGAUUUCUGGGUAAAUCUGGCCAAUAUGUGAACAUACACCCUCCAUUCCAGAGGAGAAGCAAGCUGAAAGCCCCGUCUGGAAGUGCUCCAGGUCUCUGUACACUCAUACAUGGCUUUGUGUGAAUGACUGUACCUUCAUUCAUUUUAAAAGUGCACCUGGGUACAGGCCCCUCAAAUGCAUGGUACAUGCAGGAAGUGUACUGCUGCACCUGUGUUCCACAUAACAUGUGAAUGACUAUACCUGUGUACAGAUCUGUACCUGUGUACACUGUACACUCAUUGUACGAGCGUUGAACAUAGCAUGUUAAUAGGGCUUGUGUAUUUAUCCUUUCUUGACAGCAGCCCAGUCCUUGGUUUGUACUGAAGUUGGGUGUGCUAAUAACCUGGGUGACACAUAUUUCUAGUCCUAUGAUGGUGCCUGUCUGUCUGGGUUCUGUGUGUACAUAUUUAUAGGCAUAUUUGUUAACUGGGUAAAAAAGGAAAAAACAAGCCAGCCACAA